CAUUUCCUCCCCAUUUCUAUCUCCUUCCUGCUCUUGGCCUGGAUCUCCUUGGAGCUGGAAGAGAGAAGGACCAAGUCAUACCCUGGAAGAAGCUCGGUGCCUUCAGAGGUCUUUCUGCCUGACUGUUCAUAUGGCUCUCCUCAUCUUCCUGUUCCUGCUGCCAAGUUCCUUACAUUCCCAGCCCACUUGUGACAUCUCCAAAGUGACCAGCUUGCUGGAAGUAAACUGUGAGAACCAGAAGCUGACGGCAUUGCCUGCAGACCUGCCAGAAGACACAGGCAUUCUCCACCUGGGCAAGAACAAACUAGGUAACUUCUCCACAGCAUCUGUGGUGCAUUUCACUAAACUCACUCAGCUGUACUUGGAUGAAUGCGAGCUGACUAGCCUGCAGACCCCUGAGAAACUGCUGAAGCUGGAUACCCUGGAUUUAUCCCGCAAUAAACUGCAAAGUCUGCCCUCCCUAGGAUUGGCAUUGCCUGCACUCACUACCCUUGACAUCUCCUUCAACCAGUUGGGCUCACUGUCUCCUGCUGUCCUGGAAGGCCUAAGCCAACUUCAGGAGCUCUACUUGCAGAACAACCAUCUGAGGAGCCUGCCCUCUGGGCUCUUGAUGUCUGUAACCAAUCUGAAGAAACUCAGUUUAGCCAACAACAAACUGCGUGAGCUGCCUCCUGGGCUCCUAGAUGGGCUGGAAGAGCUUAAUACCCUCUACCUUCAAGGGAAUUGGCUUCGUACAAUACCAAAGGGCUUCUUUGGGAACCUCCUCUUGCCUUUUGUUUUUCUCCAUGCCAACACCUGGUAUUGUGAUUGUGAAAUUCUCUACCUCCGUCACUGGCUCCAGCAAAAUCCCAACAAUGUCUACUUAUGGAAGGCAAAUGUGGAUGUCAGGGCCAUGACCCCUAAUGUGGCCAGUGUACGAUGUGCCAAUCUGGGAAAUGCACCUGUCUACUCCUACCCAGGGAAGGACUGCCCUAGUAAUGGUGAUAGCGAUACCAUGGACUAUGAUGACUAUGAUAAUUUCUCUGAUGUACCUGCUACAAGGACUGUGGUUAAGUUCUCUACUAACACUGAAGCCCAUACUACCCACUGGGGCCUGCUUGUAGAGUCUCCUACUUCUCCAAACAGCCAAAUGCCUUCUUGGUUUUCAACCCACAAACUUACUGAGAGACCGUCCACACCCACCCACAUACAGAUCCCAAAACAGACCAUGGAAUCCAAAACACCCCUUUAUAGUUUAAAACUCAAUACUCUAUCCACCACCAUCCCAACCACCCUAGGACCUACCUUUACCCUGACUAUCUCAGAGGCCAGCCCUACCACCCCAGUGCCUACCACUUCCACCCUGGUGACCCCAGAGCCCAGCAGCAACCCAGUCCCUAGUACUGCUAUCCUGACUACCCAAGAGCCCAGCACCACACCAAUGCCUACCACCUCCACCCCGACUACCCCAGAGCCCAGCACACCAAUGCCUACCACCUCCACCCCGACUACCCCAGAGCCCAGCACCACACCAAUGCCUACCACCUCCACAAUAUCUACCCUAGAUUCCACCAGCACUACCCCAACCAUUCCAGUGUCUACUAUCUCCCCAGUGUUCACUACCAUCCUCACCACCCCGGCAUCUACCCCAACUAAGACCACUUUAGAACUAUUUUUCACCACAGAACUCACUUUAUUCCCUAUCUUAGAAUCCACCACAAGGAUCCCAGAGUUGAACAGCUUCCUAACUUUCCAAGCGAUUGCUCAAGCAAAUUCUGAUACUUCCAAAAGUGACCCUUUUCUCAAUUCUGACUUUUGCUGCCUCCUCCCCCUGGGCUUCUAUAUUUUGGGUCUCCUCUGGCUCCUAUUUGCCUCUGUGAUACUCAUUUUGUUGCUGACCUGGAUCUGGCAUGUAGAACCACAUGCUCUGGACUUCAGCCAAUCUGCUGCAUUGGCCACAAGCACACAUACCACAAGUCUGGAGGUGCAGAGGGCAAGGCAAGUAACUGUGCCCCGGGCCUGGCUGCUCUUCCUUCAGGCCUCAUUCCCUACUUUCCGUUCUAGCCUUUUCCUAUGGGUAAGGCCUAAUGGGCGUGUUGGGCCACUGGUAGCAGGACGGCGGCCCUCAGCUCUGAGUCAGGGUCGUGGUCAGGACCUACUGGGAACAGUGGGUACUAGGUACUCAGGCCACAGUCUGUGAAGGUGGGUACUUUGGAGAUACUGAGAAAGACUCCAGUGAAUUCUAAAGGGACCUAGCUGGGGUGGGGGCCGAAACAGCCACAGGGAUAUUCUAUUUAAUUCUCCUUCAUGUGAAGGCCCCACUUUACAUUCAGACCUCAAAUCAAGACAGGCAGUGAGGUAGUCACAGAACCAAGCUCCCUAUGUUUCUUAGAGCAUUGCCAGGCCACAUAGUCAGUGCUACCAUUUUAGGGAAGAGGUAGAAAAAACAAAUAGAAAUGGAGCAUGGCUCCCAUAUGUUCAUACAUGGAAGAAAACUCGGGAAGUCAUUUAUCAGGACAGCAGCACUACCCCUAAGCAUCAUGAAUAGAUUUUCCCUGUUUAACAUUUUCUUGUUCUUCACCAGCGCUAUCUGUAUAAUAAAAAAAAAUUUUUUUUUUUU